AUGAGUAACACGGCAUCAACACCACUCUUCGCUUGUUCGCGUUGUUUCUCAAGACACCCUUUCGAGGAAUUAUCAACUGGUGAACAACUUUGUAAGGAAUGUCGCGGAUCUUUCCCAGUCGUCAAGUGCACGUACUGCCGUUCUGAGUUUCAACAGACAAGCAAAUCAAAUACAUCUUCAAUUUGUAAGAAGUGUGAGGCCAACGUGAAAGCUUACGGGAAGCCUACAGCCUGUGAAUAUUGCAACAUCAUCGCUGCAUUUAUUGGUAACAAAUGCCAACGGUGUGCUAACUCUGAGCGCAAGUAUGGGCCAGCGGUCACCUGUGAGCAGUGCAAACAACGCUGCGCUUUUGACCGCCAUGAUGACAGUAAAAAGGUUGACGGAAAGCUCUUAUGUUGGCUGUGCACUCAGUCUCUCAAACGAGCGCUGGCUAGAACCAAGCAGCAUAUGUCAUCUGUGGACAAACAUAAGCAUAGGGGACACAAGUCCAGGAGUGGACACAAGGAGAAGCGCAAGUCAGACAUGAUGAAGUCCAUGAACUCUAAUGAUUCCUCACUGAAUGACUCGCAGCCAUCUGAGAAAAAAUCUAAGAUGAACCCAUUGCAAGUUAUAUUUCGCUCCAUAGGUGAACUGGACCCCAACAGUUCUGACCAUGUGGUAGCAAUGACGCAGCUGAAGGAGACCAUUGCCAGUCUACAGAAGAAAGUACAACAGAAGGACAAUGAGUUACUUGCCAAAGAUAAAUUGAUCACGGAACUUAAAGCUCAGCACCUAAACAACACACAGGACCUACGGAACGAGAUGAAGAACAAGGAGCGACUGAACGAGACAAAGUUUAACCUAAUGAACACUAAAAUACAGAACUUGCUAAAAGAAGUAGCGACACUAAGCAAGUCCGCUAAAAAAAACAAUAAGAACACCAAGAUUGCGCUAGCCAAUACAGAAAAUAGCGGCAGUGGAACAGACAGCCCGAGCACCAACUAG